GCUGUGUGUUUACCAGAAGAAGAGGAGGAGUCACGUGACCCGAGUGUAAGCAGGACGGUGUGCGGUGAAAAUGACGAUGGCGACGCUGACUCAGGGUCUGGAGAGGAUUCCCGACCAGCUUGGUUACCUGGUCAUCAGUGAGGACGGUGUACUGGCGUCUGCAGGUGAGCUGGAGAACGAUGAGCAGACGGCGGCGGUGAUGAUGCAGAUGGUUCGAACAGCCAGCCGGUUCAAAGUGAACGAGGCGUCUGCUGAUCCUCCUUUUAAACGCAUGUCAGUGAUUCUCGAGGAUUUUGUCUACACGCUGACGGUUUCUGGACAGAAAGUAUUUGUGGUCAAACGUCAGCAUAACCAGCAUGAGCCGCUCACCAUUUAAAGAUGGACUGCAGUGCCCCCUGCAGGUGGCCAUCUGACCCUGAAGCACCUCUGCCUCCAGUGGACGUCCUCCCGGUGCACACGUGGACAGUAAAACCAGCUCCUGAUGCCGUGUGCCACAGAGCGUCAUGGAUCUCUGCAGACAGGAUGACCACCUGAAAUCUUUUUUUUUUCUCUGUUGCUAAUUGAUGGUGAAAUCAUUUUGCCAUGAUGCUGAACCUGCUGAAACUUUCUUGGCUGAAAGUUGGUGCUGCUUCAGAAACAUGUUUCACUGUAAUAAACGGUUCAAGCCU